AUGGGGACUGACAGUGAAAACCCAGUCCUGAGAAACGUGCUCAUCAGCUUCAACUUGUUGCUGCUGGGUGCUGUCCUGAAGCCGUUCGAGUGCCGGCUGGAGGUGACAACAGAGCCAGCCGAGAGGCCGGCAGUGGAUGAGGAGGGGGGCCUGGCCAACUGCAGCCCACCCAUCAAAGAGCAGCCCAUGGUCUUCCACCACAUUUACAACAUCAACGUCCCCAUGGACAGCUGCUGCUCCUCCAUGCUCAGGUCUUCGGCUGAGGAGGUGAGUUCAGAAGACGACAGGCUGGCGGAGUACACAGAGCAGACCUCCGACAGCGAGAGCCAGGUCACCUUCACCCACAGGAUAAACUUGCCCAAGCAAGCCUGUAAGUGCUCCACCUCCCUCCCGUCCCUGCAGGAGCUGCUGAGCAGGAUUGAGAUGCUGGAGAGGGAGGUCUCCAUGCUCCGGGACCAAUGCAACUCCAAUUGCUGCCAAGAAAAUGCAGCCACAGGACGCCUGGAUUACACCUUACCGUGCAGCGGUCACGGGAACUUCAGCCUUGAGUCGUGCCGCUGCGUCUGCAGCGAGGGCUGGGCGGGCAGCAACUGCUCAGAGCCACGCUGCCCAAGGGGCUGCUCCAGCCGUGGGGUGUGCCUGGAGGGUCAGUGCGUGUGUGACAACGACUACGGCGGUGAGGAUUGCUCCCAGCUCCGCUGCCCCGCCGGCUGCGGCUCCCGUGGGCUCUGCGUGGAUGGAGAAUGCAUCUGCGAGGAGGGCUUCGGUGGGGAUGACUGCUCUCAGCCCCGCUGCCCCCGCGAUUGCUCGGGAAGGGGACACUGUGACAACGGCACCUGCGUGUGCGCCGAGGGCUAUGCUGGGGAGGACUGCGGGUGGCUGCGGUGUCCCAACGCCUGCAGUGGACGAGGUGUCUGCCAGGAUGGCCUCUGCAUCUGUGAGGAUGGCUACGGAGGGCAGGACUGCUCGGCAGUGGCUCCUCCUGAAAACCUGCGUGUGACAGGGAUCAGCGAUGGCUCCAUUGAGCUGGCAUGGGACAGCCCCGGGGCAGCCACUGAGUACGUGGUAUCAUACCAGGCAGUGGGGCCAGGGGGAUCCCAGCUCCAGCAGCGGGUGCCUGGGGACUGGAGCACCAUCACCAUCACGGAGCUGGAGCCAGGCGUUGCCUACAACAUCAGCAUCUACGCAGUCAUCAGCGAUGUCUUGAGCAGCCCUGUCACCACCAAGGUGACAACCAACUUGGCCACUCCGCAGGGGCUGAAGUUCAAGACCAUCACAGAGACGACCGUGGAGGUGCAGUGGGAACCCUUCUCCUUCCCUUUUGAUGGCUGGGAAAUCAGCUUCAUCCCCAAGAACAACGAGGGUGGUGUGAUUGCCCAGCUCCCCAGCACCGUCACCACCUUCAACCAGACUGGGCUGAAGCCAGGCGAGGAGUACACUGUCACUGUGGUGGCUCUGAAGGACCAAGCCAGGAGCCCCCCGGCCUCCGACAGCAUCUCCACCCUCAUCGACGGCCCGACGCAGAUCCUGGUGCGGGACAUCUCCGACACGGUGGCCUUUGUGGAGUGGACUCCGCCUCGCGCCCGGGUGGACGCCAUCCUGCUGAAGUACGGGCUGGCGGAUGGGGAGGGCGGGAGGACCACCUUCCGCCUGCAGCCCCCCCUCAGCCAGUACUCCCUGCAGGCCCUGCGGCCCGGCGCCCGCUACCACCUCGCUGUCAGCGCCCUCCGGGGUGCCAACGAGAGCCAGCCGGCCCUCACUCAGUUCACCACAGAGAUCGAUGCACCCAAGAACCUACGGGUGGGCUCACGGACCCCCGCCAGCCUCGAGCUCACCUGGGACAACAGUGAGGCAGAGGCACACAGCUAUAGGGUGGUCUACAGCACUCUGGCUGGAGAGCAUUACCACGAGGUUCUGGUGCCACGGGACACUGGCCCCACCACCCGGGCCACUCUUGCAGAUCUGGUGCCAGGGACAGAAUAUGGCAUUGGGAUUUCAGCUGUGAUGGACAGCCAGCAGAGCGUGCCAGCGACCAUGAAUGCUAGGACAGAGCUUGAUAGCCCCCGGGACCUCAUGGUAACAGCUUCCACGGAGACGUCCAUCUCACUGUCCUGGACCAAAGCCAUGGGUCCCAUUGACCACUACCGUGUCACCUUUACCCCUGCCUCGGGGAUGGCCUCUGAGGUGACGGUGUCCCGUGAUGAGUCACAGCUCACCCUCUCUGAGCUGGAGCCAGGGACAGAGUAUACCAUCUCCAUCGUCGCUGAGAGGGGACGUCAGCAGAGCCUAGAGGCCACCGUGGAUGCUUUCACAGGGGUCCGGCCCAUCACGCAGCUGCACUUCUCCCAGCUGACAUCCUCAAGUGUGAACAUCACGUGGAGCGAUCCGUCCCCCCCUGCAGACCACCUGGUCCUCACCUACAGCCCCCGGGAUGAGGAGGCAGCACAGCAGCUGGCACUUGAUGGCACCCGCAGGCAUGCCAGCCUCACGGGUCUGCGGCCAUCCACCGAGUACCUUGUGUCCCUAGUGGCUGUCCAUGGUGCAGUCAGCUCUGAGCCUGUCACAGGCUCCAUCACGACAGGGAUGGAUGCACCAAAGGACCUCAGAGUGGGCAACAUUACUCAGGACUCCAUGGUCAUCUAUUGGAGCCCUCCUGUUGCUCCCUUUGAUCACUACAGAAUAUCCUACCGUGCUGCUGAAGGGAGGACAGACAGCACAGCCAUCGGCAGCGAUGCCACCAAGUACACCAUCCGCCUUCUGCAGCCUGCCACCAAGUACGAGAUUGGAGUGAAGAGUGUGCGGGGCCGGGAGGAGAGCGAGGUGGCCUCCAUCACCACACACACAGCCAUGGAUGCCCCGCUGGGUGUCACCGCCACCAACAUCACCCCCACCGAGGCACUGCUGCAGUGGAACCCGCCGCUCAUGGAUGUGGAGAGCUAUGUCCUCGUCCUCACCCGCCACGCAGUUGCAGGAGAAACAAUUCUGGUGGAUGGAAUCAACCAGGAAUACCAGCUGACCAACCUUCAGCCCAGCACCACCUACACGGUUGCCAUGUAUGCCACCAAUGGGCCCCUCACCAGCCAGACCAUCAGCACCAACUUCACAACCCUUUUGGAUCCUCCAACAAACCUGACUGCAAGCGAGGUCACCCGACGGAGUGCACUGCUCUCCUGGGUGCCUCCCGUGGGAGACAUCGAGAACUACGUCCUGACCUACAGAUCAACUGAUGGAAGUCGCAAGGAGCUGAUUGUGGAUGCUGAGGACACGUGGAUCCGCCUGGAGGGUCUUUCUGAGACCACCGAGUACACAGUGCGCCUGCAGGCUGCCCAAAACGCCGUGCGGAGCAGCUUCAUCUCCACCACCUUCACCACAGGUGGCCGUGUCUUUGCCAACCCUCAGGACUGUGCCCAGCACUUGAUGAACGGAGACACGCUGAGCGGUGUCUACACCAUCUCCAUCAACGGGGACCUCAGCCAGCGGGUGCAGGUGUUCUGUGACAUGAGCACGGACGGCGGGGGCUGGAUUGUCUUCCAAAGGCGGCAGAAUGGGCUGACUGACUUCUUCCGAAAAUGGGCAGAUUACCGGGUCGGCUUUGGGAACUUGGAGGAUGAGUUUUGGCUGGGCUUGGACAACAUCCACAAGAUCACAUCGCAGGGACGCUACGAGCUGCGCAUAGACAUGAGGGAUGGCCAGGAAGCAGCAUAUGCUUACUAUGACAAAUUCUCCAUCGGUGACUCCCGCAGCCUCUACAAGCUCCGGAUAGGAGACUACAAUGGCACUUCUGGGGACUCCCUCACCUACCACCAGGGCCGUCCCUUCUCCACCAAGGACAGGGACAACGAUGUGGCCGUGACCAACUGUGCCAUGUCCUACAAGGGGGCUUGGUGGUAUAAGAACUGCCACCGGACCAACCUCAACGGCAAGUACGGAGAGUCCAGGCACAGUCAGGGAAUUAACUGGUACCAUUGGAAAGGCCACGAGUUCUCCAUCCCCUUUGUGGAAAUGAAGAUGCGACCUUACAACCACCGUAACAUCUCUGGGAGGAAGCGACGGUCCCUACAGCUCUGAGCCAGCAGAACUCCCUUCCCACCACCUGACCUUUUCUGUCAUUUGUUUGUAUUUUAUAAUAUGAAAAGGGGAAAAAAAAAUACUCCUCCUCUGAGAUAGCAACCUACCCCUCACAAAUCCUGGAGGGAACCACAGCACAAGCAAAGGCUGUGGGGAAAGAAAGACCUCAUUGCUUUGCAUUUGUCCCAGAGAAAUACCAAAUUUCCAGUCUCCCUAACCCCAUACUCUGGCCCUUAACAUGAAAAGAAAGAGAAAGAGACAGAGAGAUUUUUUGAUAUUUUUGUUAAAAGACCUAGAAAUCCCCAGCAAACCCUGUCCGACACUUUUGUCACAGGGCUGGUGGCAGAAGCCUUCCCAGAAGGGGACCCUCGUGCCAUCAUUUCUACCCCAAGGCACAGCCAGGGACACCUGGCCUCCUCCCCAUCUCUGUCUUUUCUCAGCAGGGAGGCCCUGAGUCCCUAUAGACACCAUCCUUCAAUAAGCAAGCUGUCACACUUCAAGCCCAUGGCAAUGUGUUUGGGUUACUGAGCUUGAGAGAAAAAGAAGAAAAGAGAAGAUGAUAGACUGAGUUAAAAAGAAGAUCAAUUCUUUCAGUCUUGAAGUCAUCAUUAGGGUCCGUUUCUUCUGCUACUUCUUUAUGCCACCAUGAUGUCAUUCACAGCGGUCGCUGGUCCCAAACCAAAGAGCCACAGUGAAGGACCAGCAACCAAAAAAGCCAUCACACAGCCAGAGCUCAGCCUGAAGCCAGCAAUUGUGUCAUGCCAUGUUCAGGGACCCGCAUGCAGCAGGGGAUGAUGACAGCACAGCCAAGGGAAGACAAGUGCAUGCUGAGAAAGGCUUGUUGCUUUCUCUCUAUCCCUCCAUGCUUCCAUCAUAAGAGGGACCCAAAUCUCAGUGCCUUGGUAUCACCAUCUUUCUGAUGGAAAAUCAACUACUUCCCUCCUCAAAAGAAGGCAUGGCCCAUUUAGAUUUUGGAGCACCUGUAGAUCCUUGAAAGAACAGACGCAUUCACUCUUCCCAUUCUUAAUUUCUCUUAUCUUACGGAAAACGGACACCUCAGGUAGACUUUGUUGUGCUCUGCUGCCAUUGCUGCCACCUGCACAGAGCCCCAGUGGCCAUCACCACAGACCCAUCACUCCACAGAGGCUCUGCUCAAUGCAGUGCUUUGUCAUCCAUGUGUCCCAGGACAAUGCAGCCCAUCGCUGGAUGCACAGCUGAGGCAGAAUUACAAAGGCUAAACAUUGCUUUUUGAUUUUAUCACACUGAAGCUGCUUUGUCUCAGGAAACAUCUUCCAGAUGGCAACAUAAAGGCAUCUUUACAGUAGCUUAUAAUUCAGGCCAGUGUCUCUUUCAUGGUCAUGCUCCUUGAUUUGCUGACGUUACUCAUCACCCUGCGGAGCUGAAGGAGGGCAUUAAGCAGGAAUCCAGCCCCUUUGUCCAUGCUGGGCACACAACCUCAGCUGGCCCCGAGGUCAGGAUUAGACAUGGGUUCCUGCCCCAAGGUGGGCAGCUCACAGCCUGC